AUGUCUUCUCCUGCCUCCAGUCAAAAGACCGAUGCCGCUGAGCAGCAGCGUGCUCCCGCCUACCCUACCUCCUACCCUCCCAACAACGGUCAGCUCGGACGCAGCAUGCCCCAGCCUGGCCUGCCCGUCCCCAUGCCCAACCUCUCUGGCAACGCCAACGGCCCCGUCGGAAACCUCCUGAAGGGCCCCGUCGACGACAAGGGUCAACUGACCAAGGCCGCUCUCAUGGUCGGUAUCAAGUUGGACUUGGAAGCUGAAGUCCACGUCACUGCCCGCGUACGCGGUGACAUCCUCGUCGGUCUGUACUAA